AUGGUCCAAGGAUCCCUCAAGAAGAAGCCCGCGGGCAACAGUGGGAAUCUUGUGAAGCGUCCCUCAGCCCUCGGCCCCAAGCGCGGACCGAGACAAAUCGCACCUAAGAAGACGACGUUGGUUAAGCAGCAGAAGUUGACUAAGAAACUCACGGCGGGAUUGGUGGCCCGGACGGAGAAGAAUCUUGCAGAGAAGGCGGGACAUUUGGAGUUGUUGGCGGGAGGAAAGAAGGAUAAGAAGAAGGAUACUAAGGGGAAUGUGAAGAAAUAG